CGCGACUGUGGAGACAGAGUGCGAGGUGAAUACAAGGACUGUAUCUCGACGACAUAGAAAUAGACGAGGUUGCGCCCACUGUUCGUUGAACUUGCUUCCUGUCCUCAUCCUCAACGAAGCAAUCAAUUGAGAUAUCGAGAACCCUAUUUCAUUUACAUUACAACACCACCAAUAUCGACAACAUGUCGCAGCCAGCUCAGAACGGUUCUUGCAUGCUGUCCCAAGUCGACCAGCUCAUGCCCAGAAUGUAUACGCCUCUCUUUCUGGUCUACAAAACGGAUCAAUAUGAAAAGGCCGUCAAAAAUUUGAACGAAGGUUUAGCCAAAACUUCGGCCUUGCUUCCAUUUCUCAAAGGCUAUGUUCACAAGACAUCGGACGUUUCCAACCGGCUGUCGCUCUCGUGGUCAUCUCAAGACCCGCCACUGGCUGUCACCGAGACUUCCACUCCAGAGUCCCUGCCAAGCUUCGAGAGGUUGAAGCAGAAUGGAGCACCGCUCUCGGUAUUCCAAGAGAGCCUCUGUCCCGUACCAUCGAUCAUAGACUAUAAGACUCCAGGAGCGAAGGCAUCGGUCCUCGCCAUCGGGGCUACAAGGAUGGAAGGAGGUUUGAUACUAUGCUUGUGCGCUCACCACGUGGUUAUGGACGGAGCGGGCAUGGGCAAGUUUCUCAAGCUUUGGGGCGACUGCACGAGAGGUGUUCUGAAUCUUGUUGAUGACGACGCGCUGUACGACCCCGAGGAACUCUCUCAUAGGGACACAUGGCUACGAGAUGCUAGUGGGUACUUUCCUGAGGCUGAACCGCAAGCGACGCUCGAGGAGCUCUUGUCUCGGCAUCCGGAAUAUAGCCUUCGAUCUGUCAGCGCACCUCUCCCACCCCUAUCGGCCCAUGUCUCUGGACAGCCAGCCGCUUGUGCCGCAAAGAUCUUUGCUUUCUCAAGUGCAAAGCUGCAAGAGGUCAAGGUGGCCAUGAGCAAAUCUGUGCCAACCAAGUACCUUACUGUCAACAAUGUUCUGGGUGCUGCCCUGUGGAUCGCGAUUACAAGUGCUCGGCUUGGACGUAUACGCCACAAUGGCCUUCCUACUAUUGAAGGCUCUGCCACCUCGAAACUUGGCUUUGCCAUCAAUGCUCGCUCGAAGGUUGGACCCCCGGUAUCAACCAUGUCUUUCUUGGGCAACGUGACCAUGCUCAAGGUGGUUGAACUUCCUGCUACCGAGAUGGAAGGUGUCGCUGAGAAUGCCCUGGCCAAGUCGAGCGCCACGAACUUUUCUCUUUUGACGCCGGUAAUCACUGCUAUUGCUGCAACCACCUCCGCUGUGACACCAACUCAUGUUGGUGAGAUCGUGGCAUUUGCCGAUCGUCUCUCUGACGUUGAAGACAUCCUCCCAGGAUGGAAUUCCUACCAUGGUCUGGAUCUGACAUAUACAAGUUGGGCGGAUCUAGGAAUGUACGAUUGCGACUUCGGAGCAAGUUUAGGAGGUGGGCCGCGGUUUGUUAGGAUCCCCUACAUGCCUUAUAUUGACGGCAUGGUGCUUUCCUUGCCGAGACGCAGGCUGGCCGAAGCUUUCGAUGAGAGAAUUGAGGUUGCCAUCAUGAUGAAUGAGCAAGAUAUGCAAGCGCUUGAGGAGAACGAAAUGAUACGAAGCUGGCGUGCUUAAGCGGAUCUAUUGCUACCGAGAUGCUUGCUUUGGUCUAUAUGAUUCGCGAUCUUCCCAAGGUUCAAGAACGGGCGAAGACCCUGGUAAAGCUGCCUUCAUUCGCCCCCACGAGUUUUGAAUUGAACCCGAGCACAUGUACCACAGAUAUUUUUCUUCUUGGCCACCUAGCUACAUCACCUGAAUUCACUUUGGACGACACCCUUCACGUGAAGAAUUUGUAAACGGGAAAAGUGGCGAGCAGCAUUUGGCCAUUGGUAGUAGUUCUAUCUGGUGG